AGGGGAAUAGGAAGAGAAGCUGCGCAGCCCUGCAGCGCUGGGACUCGAGGAAGCAUUGGAGGGACUCUUCAGAGUGCAAAACGGCUUUCCUCCUGAGGAUAAAACAGGCCAGUUUCUGUUAGCAGAGAAAUGGGCAUCCUGCAUUUAAGUGAUUGAACUCCUCUGACUUCUCUGCUGAAGUGGAUGAGGGAGCAGGACGAAGGAGCCUCCUCGGUGCCAAAGCUGCUGCGGGACCGGUGUCAUCCUGCAGUCAUGAUGUGACCUGUGGGACCGAGUCCUACAACACUGGCCUAGCACCCUGGCCUCACACACCUUCCCAGAGUGACUUGAGGGUGUGCAUCAGGGAAUGGGGUUGGAGGUUGGAAGGUGGCCUCACGCUGUAGGAGACACCCCCCUGGCUUUCUUCCUGCUGCUUGCUCUGGUCCUCUGUCGUCAUACCCUUGUCAGAAGCUGUCCUGAAACUGUAGAGAUCACCAGAAGCUAGAACGUGAGGCCCGGAUAUGCCGACUUCUGAAACACCCAAACAUCGCGUCACUGGAGGGGAGCUGUUUGAAGACAUUGUGGCCAGAGAGUACUACAGCGAGGCAGACGCCAGCCACUGUAUACACCAGAUUCUGGAGAGUGUUAACCACAUUCACCAGCAUGACAUUGUACACAGGGACCUGAAGCCUGAGAACUUGCUGCUGGCGAGUAAAUGCAAGGGUGCCGCCGUCAAGCUGGCUGACUUUGGCCUCGCCAUCGAAGUACAGGGAGAGCAGCAGGCUUGGUUUGGUUUUGCUGGCACCCCAGGUUACUUGUCCCCUGAGGUCUUGAGGAAAGAUCCGUAUGGAAAACCUGUGGAUAUCUGGGCUUGCGGGGUCAUCCUGUAUAUCCUCCUGGUGGGAUACCCUCCCUUCUGGGAUGAGGAUCAGCACAAGCUGUAUCAGCAGAUCAAGGCUGGAGCCUAUGAUUUCCCAUCGCCAGAAUGGGAUACGGUGACUCCUGAAGCCAAGAACUUGAUCAACCAGAUGUUGACCAUAAACCCGGCAAAGCGCAUCACGGCUGACCAGGCUCUCAAGCACCCAUGGGUCUGCCAACGAGCCACGGUGGCUUCCAUGAUGCAUCGCCAGGAGACCGUGGAGUGCUUGCGCAAGUUCAAUGCCCGGAGGAAACUGAAGGGUGCCAUCCUCACGACCAUGCUGGUCUCCAGGAACUUCUCAGUUGGCAGGCAGAGCUCCGCCCCCGCCUCGCCUGCCGCGAGCGCCGCCGGCCUGGCCGGGCAAGCUGCCAAAAGCCUAUUGAACAAGAAGUCGGAUGGUGGUGUCAAGCUUCCUGCUAAUGCGCAGCCUGGGAGGCAGCAGAUGAUGGCUCAACCACAGAGCAACAACAAAAACAGUCUCGUAAGCCCAGCCCAAGAGCCCGCGCCCUUGCAGACGGCCAUGGAGCCACAAACUACCGUGGUGCACAACGCUACAGAUGGGAUCAAGGGCUCCACAGAGAGCUGCAACACCACUACAGAAGAUGAGGACCUCAAAGCUGCCCCGCUCCGCACUGGGAAUGGCAGCUCGGUGCCUGAAGGAAGGAGCUCCCGGGACAGAACAGCCCCUUCUGCAGGCAUGCAGCCCCAGCCUUCUCUCUGCUCCUCAGCCAUGCGAAAACAGGAGAUCAUUAAGAUCACAGAACAGCUGAUUGAAGCCAUCAACAAUGGGGACUUUGAGGCCUACACGAAGAUUUGUGAUCCGGGCCUCACUUCCUUUGAGCCGGAGGCCCUUGGUAACCUCGUGGAGGGGAUGGAUUUCCAUAAGUUUUACUUUGAGAAUCUCCUGUCCAAGAACAGCAAGCCCAUCCAUACCACCAUCCUAAACCCACAUGUCCACGUGAUCGGAGAGGACGCAGCUUGCAUCGCCUACAUCCGCCUCACCCAGUACAUCGACGGGCAGGGUCGGCCCCGCACCAGCCAGUCGGAGGAGACCCGGGUCUGGCACCGCCGGGAUGGCAAGUGGCUCAAUGUCCACUACCACUGCUCAGGGGCCCCUGCCGCACCGCUGCAGUGAGCUCAGCAACAGGGGCAUUAGGAGAUUCCAGCCGGAGGUCGAACCUUCGCAGCCAGUGGCUCUGGAGGGCCGGAGUGACAGCGGCAGUCCUGUUCGUUUGAGGUUUAAAACAAUUAAAUUACAAAGCGGCAGCAGCCAAUGCACGCCCCUGCAUGCAGCCCUCCCGCCCGCCCUUCGUGUCUGUCUCUGCUGUACCGAGGUGUUUUUUUACAUUUAAGGAAAAAAAAAAAGAAAAAAAAGAUUGUUUAAAAAAAAGAGAGAAAUGGAAUCCGUACAUGAUGCGUUUUAAAACCACCGACAGCCCUUGGGCUGGCAAGAAGGCAGGAGUUUGUGUGACGCCCAUCCUGGCACGAGCAGCGGGCUCACCCACCAGCCCUGAAGAGGUGUGCUCGGCCUCUGGCCCCACGGACUCAGGGGACCAGGCAAGAACUCUGACAGAGCUUUGGGGGCCAUGCGGCCCCUGAGGUGGCCUGCUCUUCCCAGGCCUCAGCGUGUACGGCUUCAGAACUUGUACAGGUGCCUGGAAGGAGGCUGAUGAGAACAUCAUGGACAGGAGACCGACUCGGGAGAGAAUGAAGAGCUCCCAGCCUGCUGUGGGGCAGCUGAGAAGCAGUGACCUCAGGAGUGAGGGCCCAGACGUUGCUGUACUGUUCCACGUAGUGUAGAGGGGAAGAGAAUUGGUGCUGCAGAAGCGUGUUCGCUACGGAGCUGAAGAGAGACCUCGUGUUAGUCUGACAUGCACUCGCUCACUCAUCCAUUUCUGUAGGCUGCACAGUGCACGCGGCCCUGAUCUUGAAGCCUGAUCCCUGCAGCUGGGACAGGGGAGGGGCAGCUGCUCAGCUUCCUGUUUGUUUUCUUACAACUUAGCAAGGAGAGAGCCAGAGCCAGGCCCUGGCCCAGCUUGCUGUGCCGGCUUCGGCGGUUGUGUUUCCGUGCCGAUCUGGGCCAUCUUGGUCUUGCCGUUUCGUGGUGGUGGUCCCCAUGCUGACCCUCAUCUGGGCCUGAGCCCUCUGCCAAGUGCCCCUGUGGGAUGGGAGGAGUGAGGCAGCGGGGUAAGAGAUGGUGGUUGUUUCUAUGCAUUCAUGCUGCCCUCAGGGCUGCCUCCCUUCUUAACUCUCCCCUUGCUGCACGUCCAUCUCUUUUCCUGUCUUUGAGAUUGACCUGACUGCUCUGACAAGAAGAGGUGUCCUCGUUAAAGAGGCCUCUUAUUGACCAACUAAAGUAUAGACUUGCUGCUGGACAAUCUGCAUGGGCAUCACCUCCCUUACCUGCAUGUACCCCAAAGAGGUGUCCAGAGCCGAGGCUCCUCCCUUCAUUGUCCUUCUCUGUGCUCAAGGAGCUCCAUUGCAGGAGGGAGAGAGUCACACCCUAGCAGACAGCAGAGAAGAUGAUGGAGGAGCAAUUGGUCAUGGCCUUGGUCCCACCCCACCCCCCCCCAAAAAAAAAAACAGCUGUGCAGAUUUAUCUGCACUUUGAGGGGAAAGGUGGGUGGACCCCCGUUUCCUGGACUACCUUCUGGAGGCACAAGAGCUGGAGAAGAGACAAAACUACAGUUUUGCUUUGGAGCCAGCUGACAAGCAGGCGAACUCGCAGGUGCUGGUGCUUGGAUUCAGCCAGGCCCCACCGAGCACCUCAUGCAUGCCCCAGCCCUUCCCUGCCCUGCAGCCUGCAGUGCCAGCACGCAAAUACCUUCACCACAGGGUUUGAUUUUGCUGGCUUGAAGACAAACGGUCUUAGAGUUCAUUGAGACCCAUAGCUUCAUAUGGCUGCUCCAGCCCCACUUAGCAUUCUUACUCCUCUUCUGGGGCUAAUGUCGGCAUCUAUAGACAGUAGACAAAAUUUAAACAAAAUCACCUUUUAAACAGGAAAUGGAAGGCAUUUGAUGCAGAAUUUUUGCAUGAUGACAUAGAAAUAAUUUAAAAUUAGUUAGUGUUUGUUCUGAAUGUUGGUAGACCCUUCAUAGCUUUGUUACAAUGAAACCUUGAACUGAAGAUAUUUAAUAAAAUAACCUUUAAACAGUC